AUGACGACCAUGGAUCUUCGCGUCGGUAAUAAGUACCGUAUCGGUCGAAAGAUCGGUUCAGGUUCUUUCGGCGAUAUCUACCUGGGCACCAAUAUCAUCUCCGGUGAGGAGAUUGCCAUCAAACUCGAGUCGGUCAAGGCCAAGCACCCGCAACUGGAGUAUGAGGCCCGUGUCUACAAGUCUCUUGCUGGUGGCGUUGGAAUCCCGUUUGUUCGCUGGUUUGGUACUGAGUGCGACUACAAUGCCAUGGUUCUCGAUCUUCUCGGCCCCAGUCUGGAGGAUCUCUUCAACUUUUGUAACCGAAAGUUUUCCUUGAAGACGGUUCUUCUCCUGGCAGAUCAGCUCAUUUCUCGAAUCGAAUACAUCCACGCCAAGUCUUUCAUCCACCGAGAUAUCAAGCCCGACAACUUCCUCAUGGGUAUUGGCAAAAGAGGCAACCAAGUCAACGUUAUUGAUUUCGGUCUUGCCAAGAAGUAUCGCGACCCCAAGACUCACUUCCACAUCCCCUACAGAGAGAACAAGAAUCUGACAGGUACUGCGCGCUAUGCCUCCAUCAACACCCACUUGGGUGUCGAGCAAUCACGACGUGAUGAUAUGGAGUCCCUCGGUUACGUUAUGCUCUAUUUCUGCCGUGGCUCUCUCCCUUGGCAGGGCUUGAAAGCCGCCACCAAGAAGCAGAAGUACGACCGUAUCAUGGAAAAGAAGAUGACCACCCCUACUGAGGUUCUCUGCCGUGGAUUCCCCAAUGAGUUCGCAAUCUACCUCAACUACACUCGAUCUCUUCGAUUCGACGACAAGCCUGAUUACAGCUACCUCCGCAAGAUCUUCCGCGACCUUUUUGUUCGCGAGGGUUUCCAGUACGAUUAUGUCUUCGACUGGACAGUCUACAAGUACCAGAAGAACGCGCAGGCUAUCGCACAGGCUGCCGGUCAGGCCAACCCUGAAGACGAGGAAAAGGCUCGUGCCAGCCGUACCAACGCCGCUACUGCCGGCCAGUCUGCUGCUAAGCCAAAUGCCAUCCCCAGCACUCGUCGCAAGAUGCUCGAGCGAGGCUCCGGUGCUGGCGUCGAUACUCCCGACACCAACCGUGCCAUCGGUGGAAGCGACAGGAUGUGA